GCCGUUCGGGACGGUCGUUGCUGCGGUGAUAUCGGGACGUACUGAACGGAGCGGAGUGUCCUUCUCGGUAAAGCCCGUAUCGUCCUGCUCGCGACAGUAGAGGAAUAUGGCCUCYUCAGAGCUGGAAGAUUUAUGCUUCCACAUCAACACUAAGAUUUCAACUAUCAAAAAGACUCUUCAAUUAAGAAACAUAGGCCAAGAACCAUCACUGAAAUCUAUGCUGAGCAAAAUAGGACAUGAGAUGGUUCUCUUAAAUGAUCUCCUGAAUAAAAUGGAGAUGGAAGUUCAACAGCAAGAAAAACUGAGGAAUUUACUCAAGGAGCUCCAGAAGUCUGCUGAGAGAGAUCAAAAUGAAGCACGUUGCCUCCGUGAAAAUAUUCCUCCCCAUCUGCCUAAACCAACUGCGAGCUGCAUCACUGGGCUAACGGCGAAAUGUGGAGAACAAACAAAAGUCACGGAACCUGAACGUGCAAAGAAAUCUGCAAAAGAGCCAAGAUUUAUUAAAGAAGCAGCCUUAAUAACUACAGAAGAAUUUGAAAAUGUUCCUGCGUACAUGAGGGGACGUUUAACAUAUGAUCAAAUUAAUGCGGUUGUUCAAGACAUGAACAAGGCUGUGGUUAGCAAAUACAGAAUCCUGCACCAGCCACUAAAAUCUAUGAAUGCAGCUGUCAGAAAUCUUUACCACAGAUUCCUGGAAGAAGAAACUAAGGAUACAAAAGGUGAGUUCUUUAUCGUGGAGGCUGAUAUAAAAGAGUUCACGCAGCUGAAGGUGGACAAGCGCUUCCACAGCAUCCUCAACAUCCUGCGCCACUGCCAGCGGCUGAGGGAAGUCCGAGGCUCCCGACUCGUCCGCUAUGUCAUCUGCUAGCAAGCGCCUCGGGCUCUGCCGCGCGGAUACGGAGGGCUGAAGCUUGAGGCGCAACACGUUACCUUGUCCCCUGAGACACUGGGCAGAGGGGAAUUUUCAUUCAUCCUUUUUUCUUUUUUCCCUAAAAGGAAUAGUGCAAAAUUUGCUCAUCUUAUUCUAAAUUAUUAGAAAUAUUAAAUGACCUUGAAGUAUUUGAGUCCUGUGCUGAAAACCUGAGAGAAACUGCCAUCCGUUGGUGAAUUACAAAAUCAAAACAGGCAGUUGACACCUGUGGCUACAGGUGGUUUUAAUCCCAUUUUCAGGCCAGUACUCAAAGUCUGCAGGCUAAUGUUCCUUUUGUGUUUAUGAGGGAGAGAAUGUAUUUGAAACUGCUGCUACUCAAAGGAAGCGUUUGUGUGGGUAAUUUCUUCUUUCCUCCCUUAUGCCUCAACCCAAUUUCCAGAUUUCCUUUCCUUAAUCUUUUCCUUUUUAUCCUAAGUGUAUGUUUUGAAAUUUUCUGCAUCUCAUGAACAGGAAGAUCUGAGGUAGUUUAAACAUUUCCACACUGAUGUUGUGAUACUCAUAUGGCUCUUGUACUUGCUCAUACAGAUGGAUUUUUUGCUCAAUGUUGUCCCACCAGAAGUGAAACAGAACAGUGAAUUUUAAGUGAAAAUGUYGACUUUGAAAACACUGGUUAAACUCUUUAAUAGUUUUUAUUACAGAAGAUUUUUCUUUUGAAGAUCUUAUUAGUGUGGAGACUUCUAGAGAGGAAAGAUUGUGAUAAAUUUCAGCUCUGCAAGUAAUCGAAACUGCUUAGACAUGAGAAGUUGUGGGGUUUUUUUCUUCCAAAGCAUGAGCUUGAGCUGGUUAGUAAUGACAAUAGGUACAUCUCAAAUACCUUGUGGCCAGCAAUAACGCAAAUGAACAAAGGAGCUUGAAUGAACUAUGAACCUUUUCACUAAAGGAGAUUUGGACAAGUGUUAAAUAAACCUGGGUUCCUGGAGUUUAUUUUCUUUUUUUUAUGUUUUGCUCUGGGAUGCUGAGAUAUAUGCCAGUACUAUGCAGAGACCACUGGUUGUGUUCCACGUUCAAUAAACACACAGCAUAACAGGAAGAAGUGCAAAAUCUGAAUUUUGGUUUCUAUAGUUGUCAGUCUGGUCCAUCUGUUACUUUCUACAAAGUUU